UUGUAGUUUUCCCAGUUAUUUUUCUCCCUGAGAAGUGGCUGCAGAUCCAUAGCAAUUGCUCAGAAUGUCUCAGGAGAAUGACACGUGGAAGAAAGAGGUCCUGUGGGAUGAACUCGCUGCCAUAAGGCUGCAGAAGCUGGAACAACAGCGGCGGCUGUUUGAGAAGAAGCAGCGACGGAAACGCCAGGAGUUCCUCAUGGUUCAGGCCAAUCCUGACGUUUCCCUUCGGUCCUGCCGACCGAGGAUGCGGUCGGAGUGCCUCACCGGUAGCAGCGGCGUCGGGAGCCCUUUCCUCCGGGAGGACGUCCCGGAGGCACAUCUGCACUCUGACACCCACAGCGCUCUGGGCGUCAUGACCUGUGGCGGGGAUGGCAGCGACGAGCGCAGCCCCUUGGUAUCGCCGACUGAAGCAGACAGCUUCUAUCCGGAGUUGGAGGAGGUCUUCGUGGAGGAUGUUCCCGCCUUUCCCUCUCCUUUUAAGGAGCCCCUACAGACAAGACGCAGGGGUUGGACAUCCCGCCGACGACGUGGGUCCAGUGAAGCAGACGAGAAUGAAUUCCAGGACGUUGGAGAUGAAGACAAGUCGCCUAGUCCGGAACCGAACCCUGCAAAGGAUGAUGAUUUGGGAAGAGGAGACUUGCCCUCCAACAAGGGAGAAGACCCGGAAGAAAAUAAAGAGGAAUCGGAGUCCACAGUGAGGAACUUAGAAGGCGAGGCCGGCGAGAAGGUGCCCGAGGCCUUGGAAAGCGAGGGCGGCGCGGUCUUAAGCAAUGUGGGGAGCUCGCCCCUCUCGUCUCUCCUCGCUCCAGGCCCUCAGCUCGGCGAGGACAUGGAAGCAUAUGUGCUGCGACCAGCGGUGCGAGGCUGUACGGUGCAGUGUUGCAUCAGCCGCGACAAGCGUGGCGUAGACAAGGGCAUGUUCCCUUUCUACUAUCUCUACCUGGAAGCGGUCAAUGGCCAUGGCCGGAAGCACUUCCUUCUCGCCGGGCGCAAGAGAAAAAUGAGCACAACCUCUAAUUACCUCAUCUCCCUGGACCCCACAGACCUGUCUCGGGAUGGGGACAACUUUGUGGGCAAAGUCAGAUCUAAUGUCUUGGGCACCAAGUUCACCAUCUUCGACAAUGGGGUGAAUCCUGAAAAAAAGUAUUUCAUCCCAGAGAGUGCUCGGAUCAGGGAGGAGCUGGGCAUUGUGUGUUAUGAGACCAAUGUCUUGGGAUUCCGAGGGCCCCGGAAAAUGACUGUGAUCAUUCCAGGAAUUGAUGAUCAGAACCGGAGAAUCAGCAUCCAGCCACAAAAUGAACAGGAGUCGCUCAGGAGCCGCCUCCAGCGGGGGGCCGGCCAGGGGCUGGUCCUGCUGCAAAACAAAGCCCCGUCGUGGAGCUACGAGACGGGCGCCUACGUGCUCAAUUUUCAUGGUCGAGUCACUCAGGCCUCGGUCAAGAACUUCCAGAUCGUGUAUCCGGAUGACCCGGAUUACUUGGUGCUUCAGUUUGGCCGCGUGGCCCCAGACAUGUUCACCAUGGACUUCUGCUUCCCGCUUUGCCCACUCCAAGCCUUCGCUAUCUGCUUGUCCAGUUUCGAUGGCAAACUGGCGUGUGAGUAAUCUAAUAAAAUGUAAUACUCUCUACA